GGCAACUGCAACCACAAAAAAAUUAUAUUCCAAAAUAUUCUAUGGGAAUAAAAAAUGAUUUCGAUAUCCAAUAAAUUUGAUAACGAAUCCUUAAACGGCAUUACCGAAGGCAAAGUUAAAUACGUUUCUCAAGAUUCUCUCAAUUCCUUAUCAUCUUCAUCCUCGAAUUCAUCCUCAUCCAUGGUUAAGUUUUUCAAAUCCGGACACCUCUACAAAUCAAAAUUCAAUCAUUUAUUGGAGAACGUUAAGCGCACUUUACACCACCACAAAAAUCCCGAAAAUUUGGUAAGUCCUGAAAUCAAUAUUAAUGAUAACGAGAAUACAGAUGCAAAGACCAGCCAGGAUCUCUCACAAAAUAUGGGCGAGACGUUUCAAAAAACCGAUCAUAUAUCUCCAGAGGAUUCUACUGAUCCUACUCUACCUAUGGAUAUAAUGGAACAAGGACCUGAUGACCCCUUAGUUUAUGCUUCUAAGGAUCUCAUAGACAAGUCUAGAACUACUACCAAACAACCAUCAUCUCGACCCAUCUCGCCCCCUUUCGUCAGAAAACUUAGCCAACGUUCGCAUACGCAUUUGCCAUCAUCCGAUUUCCUUACCAAUAACGCCACGGCGCAUAAUAUCAGCAAAUGGUUCAAAAAAGAAAAAUCACAUUUUUUUAACCCGAAUAAUCCUCUGGGCCACUAUACUCAUCAUAACAAAGAAGAUGAUACUGACAGCGAAAUGACAGAAUCGAAAAAAUAUGAUUUGUCAAAUUUUGACUUAUAUCCGCACGAGAGUUCAACGAAUAAAGAAUAUUUGUUAGAAGGUUUAUCCGAAGAGAAAAGCGAUAAACACCACAAAGGACCACCCGCGUUUGUUCAAAAGAUGUUUAAGAAAUUCCACAGUGACGGUAAGAAAAUUGAUACGCUUCCGCCCCCUAAUAACGAAGUUUUUAAAGAAUCUGCCCCUGAUGAAUCGUAUAAUGAGAAUGGAAGAUUAAAUGAUGAUGUUGGGGAAAACAACGAUCUUGCCAAGGAUUUAAAUAUUUACCACCUAAAUAUACACAUCGAAAAUGGGGAAAAUUUAGCCAUUAAGGAUAUUUGUGGUAGUAGCGACCCAUACGUUAAAAUUAAGUUGGGAUCUGUCACGGUCUACAGAACUAAGACGAUAAAAGCAAAUUUGAAUCCUGUUUGGAAUGAAAACGUGAUAAUUCCGAUAGAAAAAUUGGAAGAGGCCAAAGUGAAAUUAUUCGUUUACGAUUACGAUCGAACCACUCAGGAUGAUUUUAUGGGGGCCGCUGCUCUGGAUUGCUCAAAUCUACCUUUGGAAGAUGUUCAUCAGCUAAGGCUGAAACUUGUGGACCCCGACAAACCCGACAUUAUGGGAUACAUAAAUGUCAAUGUUUCUUUGACCAAACAGAUUUUGGAUGAAAAAGAUAGUCGUAUUAUAAGUCUCAGGCGGGCAGCUCAAAAAAAGAUGAUAAAUCUCAUUUGGACGAGCACUGUGACACUUAUCGUGCUAGAAGGCAAGGAUAUCAAACCAGCUAACCCCGGUGCGAACGAAAAAGAUCAGAUUGAAGAAAAACAUGUGUCGAAAUUAGAUCAACCCUUAAAUCUCUAUUUAAAAAUACGACUCGGUCCUGAAAAGGCUAAGACCAAAGUUAUAUACAAAAGCGAGAAUCCUCAUUGGAGAGAACGCUUCAAUUUUCAUCUUUAUAUGAAUGAAUGCCAAAUUAUGAACAUCAACUUGUAUCAAAAGACCCAAAAUAAACCUAAUUUAUUGCUUGGAAACUUCGACAUCGAUCUAUCCACCAUUCCUUUAGAUGUCAGUACUACUUUUUGGAAAAACUUAGAAAAUGGUUACUACACCGGCUCCAUUAAAUUUAUGGUAGUUAUAACAGGCUGUCAAGUUAGGGACGAGAAAAGCGAAACGAUUCAGUACACCGAAUCCUGCGAUGUCAAAAGUCUAUAUAGCGAAAGCUUACUUAAAACGUUUUCAAAUAUGCAACACGUGGGAUAUUUGGUUGUGAAAGUGUUGAAAGCUAGAAAUUUAUCGGGAGUUGACAUAGGAGGAACUAGCGAUCCAUUUUGUAUUUUAGAAUUGAUCAAUACUCGUUUACAGACUCAAACUAUUUAUAAAACAAUCUCUCCCGAAUGGAACAAAACUUUUGUUUUCGAAAUUCACGAUGUAUUUACUUCCCUGGAUGUUAGCGUUUUUGACGAAAACAAAAAUUCGAAAAUGAAAUUUUUGGGCAAAUUAAUUAUACCAUUAUUAUCGAUUCAAAACAAUAUCCCAAAUUGGUACAAAUUAAAAAAUCAAACCUUGAAAAAUGAAAUCAAAGGCGAGAUUCAACUCGAGAUGGUCAUAACUUACAAUAUAGUCAAGGCCUGUAUCCAAUCUUUUCAACCCAAAGAAGAGAAAAUUAUAUUCACUCCUACCACAUUCAAUAAAUCAAUCUUUAUAGAUAACGUUAAUCGAACAAAAGCUUUAAUCAAGGAGGUUAUGGCGAUGAAAGAAAAUAUGCCUAGUAUUUUCAAUUGGGAGAAUCCUAAAAUUUCGUUGAUAUCGUUUCUAGCAUUUAUCCUACUAGUAUACUAUUUCCAUCCAUGUAUGAUACCAAUUCUUAUAGGAGCAUUAUUUGUGAAAGGUUACAUGGAUAAAAAAAGAGGUUUCGACAUCCGGUAUGAACCCACUGUACAAGAAGAGGACGAUAACGAAAUCGAGAGUCAGUCGACAAAAUUGGAGAAGGAAAAGGAUCCUAAAACGGGCAUUAAAUCAACUAUACAAAUUAUUCAAGAAACUUGCCAAACUAUUCAAAACACUCUAGACAGUCUUGCUUCGUAUGGAGAAAGAGUUAAAAAUAUCUUCAAUUUUUCUCUUCCGCUUCUAUCUUACAUCGCUAUCAUAUUGCUUGUGAUUGGAUUCUUUUUACUAUAUUUUAUACCGAUUAGAUGGCUUAUUCUAGCAUGGGGCAUUAAUAAAUUUAGCAAAAAACUUCGUUCACCACUUAGUCUAGAUAACAAUGAAUUGUUUGACUUUAUAUCCAGGUUUCCUAGUGAUAAGGAAAAGUUGGAGUUAAAAGAAUUUUAUUACCCACCUUCGGACCAUGUAGUCAACCAUUCGUCUUCGCUUUCAAGUGACACUCCAUUUAUAAAUCAAUUCAAAUUUGCUUGGUCAAAAUCGAUUAAAAGGAUCCACGGAAUGAGUUUCAAAAUAAAGAAAGAUCCUAAGAUACUACCGUCAUCACCAUCUCAUUAAUAAUAAUUAUCGAUCAUAUUAAUCGAGAACCACAAAUUCAUUCAUUCAUUCCAAUAUCAAA